UCCAGGCAGGCCACUGGUAGCCUCCGUGUUAGCCGGCCAUGGAUGUGAUGUAGCUCCCCUUCAGCGGCCGCGGCCCUUGCCUGGAAGAGGUUACGAUGAGAUACGCACUGCUGACCAUGGUGCUCAACUCCCUGGUGCUGCAGAAGGACUCCGAGCGAGACCCGGCUUCCUUCCCCCGCGAGAGGAUGGCUCCGCCCUGCCCGGAGAAGACCAAGCUGCAGCAGUUUCGGGAGAGCACCUUUUGCUGGCUGCCUGCCUUCUGCUGGGUGGCCGAGUCCCCCUGGGGCGUCCACCUGGCAGGGAUGGCGGUCUUGCUUCUGUGGGCAAUGGUGGAGAUCUGGGUGUCCUCGUGGCUGACCGCUUUGCAGACAAAGCCACCCCGGCCGGUGGUGCGCUUGGAUAUCAAACCAGAGAGAGAGAAAGAGGUUGAAAUACCCCAACCAACACGCUCUCUUUGUCUUUGCCGGACACCAGCUUCAGAUUUUGCAAGUUAUGAGCCACUUUAUUGGGGAGACAGAUAUUCUUCCAUUGCAUAUCCAGAUGUUGCAUAUCCAGAUGUUGAAUAUCCAGAUGUUGCAUAUACAGAUGUGGGAAACUGGCAUCACGAUGAUAUUUUAUGUGCAGAAUAUGAUAGACAUAGGUCUCCUUCACCGAUUAGCAAAGCCAGCCUAAAGGACCCUUGCUUCUCUUCUUCCUCCUCCUCUUCCACUUCUGCCUUUUUUCUGUCCCGUUUAAAGAAUCUGGACUUGUGCUCUACUUCUGAAAAAUGGUCAAGUGCUAAAGAUUCUGUGGGGACAUUAGAUUCCCGGCCGGGAGAUGAAAUGUCAGAGACCAAAGCUUCCAUUUCUUGCUCUGAAUUGGACUCCUCUGUGAGCAAAGAGAAAGAGAAAACGGCUCCUGAAGGAGAAACAGAAACUAGACCUUCCUCCCUGGAAGAAGGUGAACUCCAACCUCUGGCUUCAUUUGCACAAAUAAAUAUUCUGGAGAGCUACGAGAAGGAUGACCAUAUCGUCUUUGUGGAGAGAUCGCUUGCAAUCCAUAUGGGUCCUGUGCCACCUCUCCAGGUCAAAAGUCCCACAGUGACAGAGGAGAAACCUACCAAGGUGGACUCUAUGAACCAGACAUCAUUUUCUGAUCAGGAGCAAGAGGAAGAGAAGAAACCCACAACGUUGCACUUUAUAGACCAAAAGUCACUUCAGAAUAUUGAUAACCAUAUCAAACACAAGCACAUGGCUUCUCUGCAGGGGUUGGUUUGCACUGUGAAGAAAACCGUCCUGAAGGCCUCUGGUCAAACCAGACCAUGUUUCAGGCCAGAUGUGACCUCUCGCGCCACUUCACCUUGGGGUGAUUUUGUGCCAGACUCUUCUGUCCUGAAAAAUAUGGAUGAGAAAACUAGAUGCUUCCUUGAGCAGCAUGUCAAAAAGAAAAUGGUUCAGUGGCACUGUGGCAUCCCCACGGUCAUCGCCCAGUCUUUUGACAUGGUUCAGUCCUCCCUCCAAUCCUGCAGGGAGCUUGAGAGCAGUGGCAGGACAGGGAAGGAAAAACAAACAGAGGUGACGAAGGACUCUGGUAGCCUGGCAGGCCUCAUUUCUCCAGGCAGAAAGAGCCCAGCUGUAGUUGCCAGGCAUACAGAGAUGCUUCCCAAAACAGAGGAGGAUGCUGUUCUGCACUCAGUGGAUCCGCAAAGAAUCAGAAAGCUCACUUUCCAUGCAGCCGUGAAGAAGCUGGAAAUUGCAAUGGCAGCCUUUCCGAGUGUGGUUGAAACCUCCUUCCAAAUCUUUCGUACUCUCUCUGACAGGGUUCUGCCCAAGCUGAUUCGUUUUGGCAAUAAAGCCUUACGGUUGAAGCACCCCUCCCUGACCUUCAUCGGUAAAGAGGCUCUUUGUAUUAUCGAUCUGAAUAUCAAACACAAACGCUUGGCUCAUAUAUGGAGUCUCCCAACGCUGUCUAUUGAAUCGGCAGCAAAAAUGACCUCCAGUUCUUCAGAGCCUGAAGAAGACCCCGCAAAGAGAUUGUCCAAGAAGAAGCCUUAUAUUGCUGAAAGCAUUUGGGAGCCGGAUCCUAAAGGAAAGGCAUUGCAUGCUGGUGCAUCUGACAUCCUAGACUCCUCCAUUUCACUCUCUUCUCCCAGUUCGCUUUCUUCCCCCUUGGUGAGUGAGAUGACCACCGGUUCUUCAGAGCUAACAGGUCCCAAAAAGGACAUCUCACAGGGGGUCUCUUAUAAGCCUCGUGUGACCAUAAGCAUUCCAGACACUUGGCCCAAGGAAAAGAUCCGUGCUCCUACCAUGAAACCACUGGCAGUAACCCCAGAGUUACCAGAGUCGUCAACCAGUUCAUUUUCUUCCUCCUCGUUUUCUCCUGAAAAGUUAUCCGAAUCUUAUGUCAGACCUGCUCCUUCACAGAAGCUUUUGACUAGCAGUGUUUCUUCACAAACCGAGAGAACACUGGAAGACCCCAGAGUGAAGACGCCUCCAAGCCUUGAACCCAAGGAAGGAGUAGAAGCUGAUGGGAAAGGGACCAAAAUCGAGAAAGAAGCAGAAGCUGAAACGGAGGAAGGCGCAAAAGUAGAUGGGAGAGGAACUGAACCCAAGAUGGAAGAGGAGGAGCCCAUUUCAAGAACCAGCAUCUUCCUGGAACUGGAGCUGAAGAAAGAGAAACUGAAUUUGCACUUACUGAAGAAGAUCGAAGCCUAUCUGCAGCCACAGCAGCGAGCCGCAAUAGAGUUCAAUGUGGAUGUCGACAAGGCGGCAGGCAGGAAAGCCAAGAAGCCAGCCCCAACCCAUGACCGCUCAGGCCCUGCCACCCGGGAAAAGCCACGCCGGCCCUUCUGCUAUGUCUGCAUGCCUCUGGAUGAGACCGGAUCUACCGUCAAAACCGUCUGCUGGGCCCUUCCCAAGUGGAUUUUGGAAAUGAACGGGUACCGUGUCCCUCAGGUGGCACGGUUUGAGGGCAGAGGCAGAGGCCCAAGGCCAGCUCCGAAGUGAGCCUCUGAUGGGAAGGGAACCUCCUGCAACAUUUCAGCCAGCGGAAAGAGGACAAGGGGGGAUCUUGCCAAGC